AUGGAUGUCAGUGAGAUGACUGAGAAGGUCAGGUCAGAACUGACCUGUUCCAUCUGUUUGGACCUCUUCACCCAGCCAGUGACCCUUGACUGCGGGCAUAGCUUCUGCAGAGAGUGUGUUCUUCGGAGCUGGCAGGAAGCCCAAGUCCCAUGGACAUGCCCACUGUGCAGGGCAAGCAGUCAGCCCAGAGCCUUAGAGCCCACCCAGGUCCUGGAGGCCCUGGCCUCCAGCAUGAGCAGGCAGCUGAGACUUCCCAGAGAUGUGGGUGGCCAGGCCAGGUGUGGCCAACACCAAGCCGUUCAGAAGCUGUUCUGUGAAGAUGAUUUCAGCCCACUCUGUGUCUCGUGCUUACUCCCUCAAGAACACGAAGGUCAUCGUGUGUAUCCCCUGGAAGAGUCUGCGGAGACCUGCAAGGCACAGCUGCAGGAAGCCCUUGGCCAGGCCUGGGAUAAGGCGAGAGAGGCUCACAUGUUGCUGGAGCAGGAGAGAGAAAGGAGGCUGAGGUGCCGGAGGGAGGCUGCCACUCUGAAGCGGGUCAUCUUGCCAGAAUAUAUCAAGACCCACCUUGUGUGGACAGAGGACCAACAACAGGAUCUCCUGGACAAGGAAAAGAGAAGGAAUGUGAAGAGAUUAUGGACCAGUGAGGCCAGAAUCUCCAAGUAUGUCCAAAGCCUCUGGAAGCUGAUUGAGGAGCUCGACAAGACUUUGGAGCAGCCCCUGGUGGAGAUGCUCCUGGCUGGGAGGAGCACUUUGGAAAGGAGUCGGGAGCUGCUGCUUCGGUGUCCAGAGCCUGCUGCCCUAAGCUGGACUCUGUGUGGAACCACUGGAAUGAGGGAGCUCCUACUGGCCUUCCAGAGCCACAUCCUUCUGGAUCCGGGAACAGCCCAUUCCUAUCUCAGCAUCUCUGGAGAUCUGAAGAGCGUGAGGCUUGCUAGCCAUUGGUGGGACCUUCUGGACAACCAGCAGGAAGAGGUGGAGCGUCUUGUUUGUGUGCUGGGUGCUCAGAGCUUCACCUCAGGGAGCCAUUAUUGGGAGGUGGAGGUAGGAAGCAAGACAGAGUGGGAAGUGGGCAUCUGUACAGGGCCAGGAAACAACCAGGGCAGCAUCCAUGGGGAUGUGCUCUCCCUCUCUUGCCUCAACAUGGGAGAACAAUUUGAACUGUGGAUCUCUCACACCAUGGAAGACCCUGAGGAUACAGGACCCCUGCACAGGCUGGGCAUUUUCCUCCAAUACGAAGGGGGACACCUGUCAUUUUACAAUGUGACCCAGGGCUGCCUGAUCUACGCCUUUCCCCCGGUCACCUUCCAAGGUCCUCUCAGGCCUUUCUUCUCCCUUGGCCUGCUGCAGGAGGAGAAUCAGCCCAUCCCUCUCACCAUCUGUCCACUGAGCCCUCAUCCCUGA